CUUCAGUCUCCUUUCCUUAACCCUUCUAAGGGUAGUUUCCCUUUUCCAGGCGCAUUACACAUGCUACCAUUCACGGCCCGGUGGAUGGGCAAGCCGUCUCCAGCUGAACACGAGCUGGCCCGCCGAUGAUCCCAGCGGCUGUUGCCCGAUUCGUACCAUACAUCUAUCGUCCGCAUUCGCCUCCCGGCAUCGGACACACGCUGGAAAGUGAAGACGAGUUUGAUCAGCUUCAGACAAGUCCUGAGCUUGGUCCGCCAAGGGUGCUUCGAAGUGACAAUAGCCAGGUCAAGCAUCCAACCAGUCCAUCUCCGACUAGGCAGGCCUGCGAAGUGGAUGCAUCUCUGAGUGCGCUUCCUACCGGGAUGGAUGCUUCGCUACCAAUGGACGCUACUUCGUCCGCUGCGGAUGAGGUUGACGCCACAAAGGUCAUUAGCAAGAAAAAGGGCAAGUCCAAGUCCAAGUCCAAGAAAAAGUCGGCGGCAAAUAGCGAUGCCUCCUCGCUCGCAGAUGCACCAGCGCAACCGCUGCAGCUCAGAUCCGGCACGAUCAACUUCCAUAUCGACAAUGGUCCGGUCUUCUCAAGGCUCACGGAAGACGUGAGCGACACUGCAAGCAUUCGCGAGAUCAUCUGCCGCAAACUCGGACUUCCGUUGGACUCGAAGCUCCAUCUUGCUUACGCCAGUCAUGGCGCCAUGAUCGAGCUCGAAGACGAGGGUGAUUUUGCCGCCUUCGAGCGCAGGACGAGCCAAAUGAAGCUGGCAGACGAGAUUGAUGUCUACGCGGUGCCACCCGCGACGUACACACACAAGUCUGCGUUCAGCAGAGCUGCGCUGGCUCCCACUGCGGAGGCUAUGAACAAGAAAAGAAAGAGCUAUGCGGACGCACCUCUUGACAUAUCAGUCCCAGGUACUAUGGCCCAGCCUAGCAACACUAAGAAACGAAAAAGCGCUGCAAAUAUGGCUGCUGAUACGACUCUUGGAGACGAUGGAGGAUCUAGAGCCACAUCUGACGUUUCGGCUAUAGAAGGAGAGGGAGAACGAGCAGAGAAAGUCAAACGAAGGCGUCGCACAAAGGCAGAGAUGCAAGCAUUCAGAGCGGAGCAAGCAGCCAAAAAGACAGGAGGCAUAUCUAGUGCUGCUACACUCAUGGGCAGGGAUGAUAACUCCGGGGCGGCGGAAGGGACAGAGAGUGGUAGCAGCAGUGACAGCAGCAUUGCCCCGAAGCAGACUGCCAGCGCUAAAGGCAAGGGCACUGCUCCUAGCAUCGCAGAUCAGUCUUCUCAUGAAGAAAAGGAUGAUGGAGACGAAACACAGGAGGAGUCGACGCUUACGCCCAGAAAAAAGCUUGCGUUGUGCGGGAUCUGCAGUGACGAGCCGUAUCAUGUCCCAGAAUGGUGUUCAAUCGUCAAGCAAGGCAAGAAGGCGAUGCAGAAGCGAUUGUCAGAGCUCAAGGCUUUGAAGCAAGCGAAAAAAGCUCCCGAAAGGCAAGCACAGAAGGAUCUGAAGAUUAUUAUCAAGCAGGCGGUUCAGUGAGGGUUCGAGCCUGGAUCCUCGUGUUGCCGAGCGAGCGCUCUUCUACUCUGCAUGCUCUCUUUCUCUAGCGCUUUCAGCACUGCUUUUGUAAUGUAUAAUACAUAGUAUCAUCUAUCGCGGA